AUGAAAUAAAAGGGUAAAUCGAAUAAGUGCAAGAAUAUUUAAUCAGAUCAUUAAACUAAAAAAGAUGCUCUUUAAAGAAUCAAGAUAACAGAGGAUGUUUAUGAAAUAUUAGCUUAUACAACAAAUGAAGAUAAUGAUAUAAGAUUAGCAGCUACUUCUUAACUAUGUCCAUGCAAAGUUUAAGAAGAUGUACCGGAAUUUUGGACUAGAAUCUUUCAAUUAGUAGAUGAUCCUGAUUCUAGAAUUAGAGCUAGAAUUCUUCAUAUUAUUUNUGGGGCCAUAAAAAGUAUUAGAAAAAUGGAAAAGAGAAAAUGAAAUUAUUUUGAAAGAGUUGAGUACUUAAGCAGAAUCUGCCUUAAAGACUUUAAGUAAUGUUACAUUAUAAAGUUAUAUGCAUAUAUAACAUUUAUAAAGUCCUUUAAUUUUAUAAAAGUAAAAAGAUAUAAAUAGAAUAUUGUAGAAUGCAUUAUGUAUGGAGUCCCAAUUUAAAAGCUAGUUCUGUGACUUUAAGAGAAGAAGCUGCUUAUGAAAAAGGAAAUGCUAUGGGAUUAGUAUGUAUAUAGUAACAACUUGAAAAAGAUUAAAUAUAAAGUCUAACUAUUGAUGUGAAAGAACGAGGAGGAGUAUUUUAUAAUGGAAUAAUAGAAUUUAUAUAUAGGCGUUAUGGAUAUGAACGAAAGAAAAUUAAAAGGAAGAAGAGCAUUUAGUUUUCAUGAUUGGAAUGAAUCUAGUCAUGGUCUUUAUCUACUUUAUCAUGGAGGAUGUAAUUAAUGUAUAUCUAAUUUAGAUGUAUUUAGUUCAAAUGAUACAAAAAUAAAUACUAAAAAAGUUGGAUUUAAUUUUGAUUAAAAUGAUAAAUUAAUUCUAACUUGGAAUGGUCCUGAACAUUCUUUAACUAUCUUAAAAGUAGGAAGUAGUCAUGUAAAAUAUUAAACAUUAUAUUUUAGUAAUAUGCUUUCAAAGUUAAUCCUGAUGGCCAAUAUCAUUUUACUGUUGGUUUAUUUAAGUGCGAAGUUAGAUUAAUUGAAUGA